GCGAAAUAUUUAUUUAUUACACAAAUGCCACCCUCUAGACUCAUCUCCCCCUUCCUUCACAAACACACUCCCGCAGAAGCAGACCGUACCGUGGAGCUGCUCUGCUUAAUUUUUGCUUCCCGGCCAUGGCUUCUCUGCAAAUACGCUGCGCGACUGCGCAUCCGCGAUUCAGCUACAUGCUUGCCUCGGCUCUCCCUUCGCGGAUAAGCCGGAAUUCGAGAUUUCGCCGGCGGUUUCCUGUCAGAGGGAGAGGCGGCGGCUUGAUUCUGCGCAAGGAGAGCGGGAGGCGCAGAGGCAGUGCAUGCUUGGUUCGUUGCUCGAGUGGAGAAGAUAAUGCACGGAUUGAGAAGGUUUCGGAGAGGGAACAGAGCGACGAGCCCCGGCCUCCUUUUGAUAUCAAUCUCGCCGUCGUCUUGGCUGGUUUCGCUUUCGAAGCCUACGCCACGCCGCCGGAAAAGGUAGGGAAGCGGGAGGUAGAUGCUGGGAAUUGCAAGACGGUGUACCUGUCAGAGUCGUUUGUCCGGGAGAUAUAUGAUGGGCAGUUAUUUGUGAAGCUGAAAAAUGGCUUUGACUUCCCUGCUAUGGAUCUAUGGGGAACAAGUGAUCCUUAUGCGGUCAUCCAAUUGGAUGGUCAGCAUUUCAAAAGCAACGUGAAAUGGGGGACAAAGGAGCCAACGUGGAAUGAGGAGUACUCGUUCUAUAUUAAACUGCCUCCAGCAACAAGCCUUCAGGUUGCUGCUUGGGAUGCUAACCUUGUCACUCCACAUAAGCGCAUGGGCAAUGCAAUCAUUAGCCUAGAUUCCAUUUGCGAUGGUAAUGUGCAUGAAUUGCAGGUGGAAUUGGAAGGAAUGGGUGGCGGUGGGAAGUUGGUGCUAGAGGUGAGGUAUAGAACCUUUAAAGAAAUUGAGGAGGAAAAGAAGUGGUGGAUACUCCCAUAUGUUCCUGAAUUCUUGAAAAAUAGUGGUCUUCAAUCUGCUCUAAAGAUGAUGUCAGGAAAUGAGAGUGUGCCAGCCCGGCAGUUUGUGGAAUAUGCUUUCGGGCAGUUGCAGUCAUUCAAUGAUGCAUACAUUUCAAAGGGUCAAAUUUCUAGUGGCUAUGAGUCCGAAGCUGUAGAGAGCUCCAGCAGUAUUGUAGCUUCAGAUUUGACAUCGAAGAGAGAGGUUACAGAGAAUGCAAAGUGUAGUAAAGAGGAUGAUCCAAAUUCUGAUAAUAGCAAUAAUGAAGCCUUAGAUAAGUCAAAUGGUGUGGAGAAUGUGAAACUAGCCGAUGGUUCGCUGACAGAAAAACUUUUCUGGGGAAACUUUGCUGAUGUUAUCAACCAAACAGUUGUUCAGAAACUUGAUCUUCCAGUUUCACUGGAACUAAAGUUUGAUGGCUUUGACUUGUUAAAAGGGAUUGGAUUGCAGUCACAGGAGAUUGCUAAUGCCACCUAUGUGGAGUCAGGCCUUGCAGCUCCAGAAGGUCAGGAUGGUGAGAAAGAUAAAGCUAGUGGCCCGCCAGUCACUGUUGCAGUUCAAUCUUCACUGCCAGAUGUAAAGAAAGCAACUCGAGAUUUAUUAAAGCAAACUGAAUCAGUUUUUGGAGCCUUAAUGGUCUUGGCGGCUGCUAUUUCUAAAUCAAACGACAAGGAGACACAUGUUUCAGGAAAGAGUUCGACUACAGAUGAUGAGGUUAUUACUAGCUCUGAAAACCAGAUAGUAUUGGACGAAAAGAAAGCCGAAAACCAGAUUGUAUUGGAUGAAAAGAAAGCCGAGGAGAUGAGAGUACUUUUCUCGAGUGCGGAAAGUGCCAUGGAGGCAUGGGCAAUGCUAGCCUCCUCAGCCGGCCAUUCAAGUUUUAUUAGGUCUGAGUUUGAGAAAAUAUGCUUUCUGGAUAAUGAAUCUACUGACACUCAGGUGGCAAUUUGGCGUGAUUCUGCAAGGAGGAGAAUAGUCAUUGCUUUCCGGGGCACAGAACAAACAAAAUGGAAGGACUUGGUGACGGAUCUAAUGCUUGUCCCUGCUGGGCUAAAUCCUGAAAGGAUAGGCGGAGAAUUUAAGGAAGAAGUUCAGGUCCACACGGGGUUCUUAAGCGCAUAUGAUUCAGUCAGGAUAAGGAUCAUGUCAAUCAUUAAAUCAUCCAUUGGUUACCAAGAGGAUGCGUCUGAUCCGCCAUUUAAAUGGCAUGUUUAUGUCACUGGUCAUAGUUUGGGUGGUGCACUGGCCACCCUACUUGCCCUUGAACUCUCUUCCAGUAAGCUAACUGGGCGGGGAGCAAUUUCCGUGACUAUGUACAACUUCGGGUCUCCUAGGGUUGGAAACAAAAUGUUUGCGGAAGCAUACAAUCAGAAAGUUAAAGAUAGCUGGAGGGUUGUAAAUCAUCGAGACAUUAUACCAACCAUUCCUCGUUUGAUGGGUUAUUGUCAUGUCGCUCACCCUGUUUACCUGGGACCUGGAGAGCUAAGAGAUGCUUUGGAAAAUUUGGAGCUUGAGAGAGAUGGUUACCAAGUUGAUGUGUUGGGGGAGGCGACGCCCGAUUCUCUUGUCAGCGAAUUUAUGAAGGGCGAGAGGGAACUGAUUGAGAAAAUACUGCAAACUGAGAUCAACAUAUUCCGGUCUAUCCGAGAUGGAAGUGCCCUGAUGCAGCAUAUGGAGGACUUCUAUUACAUCACCCUUCUAGAGCAUGUGAGGUCAAAUUACGGGAGUCUUCCCAGGGCGGAAAGAAGCGUACAGAACAACCCAACAAACAGCAAUGGAGUGAACCGGAUCUGAAAACGUACUAAUUCCACGUACCUUCUCAACUUCACAUUUAUCAUAAUGUAUGUACCCUGUAAAUUCCUCCUUUCUCUUGCUGGUUUCCCGUCUCUUUGUCCUCGUGGAUAAUUACGGUAUUAAUGGGAAACAAGACAAUCCAGAAGUCAUUUUCUAGUGUACAGAACUUGGUGGUUCUCUCGCGUCCCAUAAUGGAAAUGAUAUAGACAAAUCAAUCGGACACUCACCGUAAAUAAUUUUAGGUAAUGACCAUUCGUUGCUCUGCCUCUUUACGUCGUGCAUUGAAGUUACCAUGAAGUUGCAUCUGUAUCUAUCGUCUAUAGAAGUUUCUGUAUGAAGAUAGUACCUCAGUAGUUCUUGUUCGAAAACGGAGGUUAGACAGUCAUAGGUCAUGUUAAACUUAAACGUAAGUAAACUGCCACUUCAGGUUUCAACUGGUCAUUGCCCUGUCAUUGGCUUCACUUGUGCCAAAAGCAUUAGCAUAGUAUGCCUCUACUUUUUCUGGGAAAUUUCUUCACUGCCAUUUGUUUAUGCCUGCCCUGGUAAUUUUUGGUACUGAUAGCUUACAAUCGAAUCAAGUCUGUAACAGAGG